AUGGACAGUCCGGCCACUCCUGAGUCCACUGCUCCGGAGGCUGGAGUCGGCUGGCGGAUGGAUGCUCUGUGGAAUCCUCAAUUUCCACGUUGUUCACGUCGACAAUCUAGAAAACAAUCUGUAACCCAAAUUGAGGGCUUCCGCCGCCGUCACCUAUCACAGCGUCGAUCUAACCUCGCCGGAGCCAAAACUGUACUGCAGCACUCACCGGAGCGCAACCGCUUGGAAUUUCGUGGCUGUGCCGACAGCCAUUGGGCAUGGGUCAUUGAGCGGGAAGCUCCGCUAAAUCGGGAAAUGUGCCAUUCUUUCAACUCAAACAACAGGCAACUCAAGACCGGAUCAAGCUACCUCUCGCACUGGGCUUGCGACAGCUGCUUAUCUCUCUAUUUGGAAUUGAAAGCAACCUUAGGUGAGCUUAUCUACCAACACAACAAAGCACUUAAGGUGCGAUCAGACCAUAAGACCUUUCCAGGAAUUUUCCGCUCAAUCAACUAG